AUCCAUUAUCAGAACUCUCUCCCACCGGACACAAAAACAGAGUCCCCACAACAAACAAGUUCCAAUCCCAAUACCCACUUCCAUUUUCAUCACCAAAAUCCCACAUUACUGAGAAAAUAAGGGAUAAAAUCAGAAGUGUUGAGUGAAAAACAAAAAAUAAUUGAAAAGUUUUUUCAUUUCUUAUGGACUUGUUUGGGAAUCAAUCUGUUUCUUGUUCCAUUUUCUUGGUCUUCUCUGUUCUCUUAAUUUUCCAUGGGGCUUUUGGAGCUAAAUUUACAUUUGUCAAUAAGUGCGAUUUUACAGUUUGGCCGGGAAUUCUCUCCGGCGCCGGCAGCUUGAAGUUCGAAACCACUGGUUUCGAGCUUCGAAAGGGAAGUUCAAAGUCUUUUCAAGCGCCGGCCGGCUGGUCCGGUCGCUUCUGGGGCCGAACCGGCUGCAGCUUUGAUGGCGCUGGCCGAGGUGCCUGUACUACCGGGGAUUGUGGGUCCGGCGAAAUUGAGUGCAACGGCGCCGGAGCCGCACCGCCAGCGACUCUGGCGGAGUUCACUCUUGGGUCCGGCGCAUCAUCGCCGGAUUUCUACGAUGUCAGCCUCGUCGACGGGUACAAUUUGCCGAUGAUCGUUGAGGGGACCGGUGGAACAGGCGCCUGUGGGUCGACCGGGUGUGUAACGGACUUGAACCGGCAGUGUCCAGCGGAGCUUAAGGCGGAGAACGGUGGCGCGUGUAGAAGCGCGUGUGAGAAGUUUGGGACGCCGGAAUAUUGCUGUAGUGGCGCGUAUGGUUCACCGGCGACCUGUAAGCCAACGAAGUACUCGGAGAUAUUCAAAUCAGCUUGUCCACGAUCGUAUAGCUACGCCUACGACGACGCUACCAGCACUUUCACUUGCUCCGGCGCCGAUUAUACCGUCACAUUUUGCCCUUCGUCUCCAAGCUUAAAAUCAUCAACAGAUUCAUCGCCAAGGACCGCGACGGGAACAGGGACGACAACCGCCGGGGCGGUGGAACAGACAACGUCGUUGCCUGAAAAUUCAUGGCUGGCAGAUUUAGCCAUUGGAGAUUCAACCAGAACUCACCCAAAUGAUUUGUCUUUUCUUUUGUUUGUGUUAAUUUUUGGAAGCUCUUUCUUCUUCUCAUUUCUAGAUUUCUUUUCAUCUUAGCAUAAAAAUUUAAUGUCUCACAAUGAAGAGAUGAUGAUUUUGGAGAAACAAAUGGAUUCAAAUUUCAUAUCACUAAAAGAAAGCUCCAUUUUGCUACCAAUUUCAAGAAC